CACGAUUGAGAGCAGGAAGGUGCGACGCUCAGAAGGGUCCGCCUCUCAGCUGCGGAAAACAGAAAAGCCGGGGAGGCUCCAGGAGGAGGUUUAAACCUGAAGGCCGAGAGCUCGAGGAACUGCAGCCAGAGCUUGGGUCCUGCUCCCGGCGUGCGAGGCCCGGGGCGCGCCCGAGAUGUCGGGUGGGGGCCGGGGCUGCUGCCCGGACUGCGGCUGCGCGGAGCUAGUGGAGGACUCGCACUAUGCACAGAGCCAGCUGGUGUGCGCCGACUGCGGCUGCGUGGUGUCCGAGGGGCUGCUCACCACUACCUUCGCUGAUGAGGGCAACCUCCGAGAAGUGACAUAUUCCAGGAGUACAGGGGAGAAUGAGCGGGUCAGCCGUAGCCAGCAAAGAGGGCUUCGACGAGUUCGAGAUCUCUGCCGAGUUCUGCAGCUGCCAUCAACCUUUGAGGAGACCGCAGUGUCCUACUACCAACGAGCAUUCCAGCACCCUGACCUCCAUGCUGCUCGACUCCAAAAGAAAGAGGUGUUGGUGGGCUGCUGUGUGCUGGUCACCUGCCGGCAACAUAAUUGGCCCCUGACCAUGGGCACUAUUUGCACCCUGUUAUAUGCCAACUUAGAACUGUUCUCUGGCACGUACCUACAGAUAGUGAAGGUCCUAGGACUGGACGUUCCUGCCUUGAGCCUAGCAGACCUAGUGAAGACUUACUGUAGCAGCUUCAAACUGUUCCAGGCCUCCUCCUCUGUGUCGGUCAAGUUUGUGGAGGACAAAGAGAAGAUGGUAUCCCGGACAUUACAGCUGGUAGAGCUGGCAAGUGAGACGUGGCUGGUGACAGGAAGGCACCCUGUGCCAGUGAUAACUGCUGCUGCUUACCUGGCCUGGAGGUCACUGCAGCCCGGGGGCCGCUUGACCUGUUCCCUUUCCCGAUUCUGCAAAUUGGCAGGUGUUGACCUGCCCCAUCCAGCAUACCUCCGAGUUCAGGAACUGCUGGCCAUACUUCUGCGGAUGGCCGGACAGCUGGCCUGGCUGCGGAUAUUGAACCUAGAUAAGCAAACAGUAGUGAAGCACAUUGGGGACUUGCUCCAGCACCGGUGCAUUCUCCUCCGAAAGGCUUUUAGGGAUGAAGCUGAAGAGGAGGAAGGAGAUGAGCAGCAACAAGAGGAGGAGGAAGCAGGGACCAGUACCUUGGAGACCCUUGAAAAGAAAAGGCCCGCUAGCUCCCCACCCCCUCUGCUCCCUCCCUGUAUGCUGAGGCCUCCAAAGCGGCCCUGUCCCACUCCUGCUGAUUCCAGUAUUACUGGGGAUGAGGAGAUAUCUGACAGUGAGAUCGAGCAGUAUUUGCGUACACCUCAAGAAAUCAAAGACUUCCAGAGAGCCCGGGCUGCAAAUCAAGCUGCUGCAGGGGCCCCUACCCUGUCCUGACCAACUUCUUAACUUGAGGACUUUGCCUGUGGCCUGAGGGUCUGGUGGAACUUACACUGUUCCCCUCCAGAGGGGUGUAAUGGGAAGAGUGCUGGGUUUAGAGGACUGAGUGGUUUGAGUGCUGCUCCUGUUUGUUGUAGUAUAACCUCGGGCAAGUCAUGUCAUUUUGGUGUCAAGUAAGGGUGUUGGAAUAAGGGACCUCGAUGCCCUAUCUGGCCGUGAUUCCGCAGUCCUACAACAGGGACCAGGCAUGUGCAGGGAAGGGGAGAAGUGCAUGUGUGUCAUCUACCACAGGGUCAUGUAAGCCAAAGAGGCAGCUUCAUGUGUUUGGCCCCGUGUCCUAGAAGAGGAGGAAUGAUUGCAUCGACUGCAGCAAUGUGCCAGUUGCAUUCCUCUGCCCUUGACAGCAGGUUGGCUUAGUGGCUGUGGGCUAGGGGCAGUAGGUCUUCUCAGACUUUCCUUGAGAGCAUAUUGUUUCAUUCAGUCCACGAGUUAAAACUUAUGUUUUUUGCUAAAUGAUUAAACAGACUAGCCUAUUCCAGAUAAAAUCCAUGGAUUUGGGGGUGUGGCAGGAGACACAAAAAGAUUGAGGGUGAACUUGAGCUAAGCUCAUGGGACUUUGCAAAUCUUUAAUAUAUUAAAACAAGAGGCAUCUGCUAGAAAA